AUGGCUCCUUUACGGCUGCGGAUCGAAGGACAUAAGUUCAGGGAUCCAAACAACCGAGAGAUCACCCUAAGGGGUAUCAAUGUCGCUGGGGAUGCCAAGUACCCCACGGUUCCUGACAUGCCAACCCAUGUAUCCGACAAUUUUUACGAUGCAGACAAUGUAUCGUUUGUUGGUCGACCGUUUCCUCUAGAAGAAGCCUCUCUACACUUCGGAAGGUUACGGAAAUGGGGCUACAAUACAAUCAGAUACGUCUUUACUUGGGAGGCCAUUGAACAUGCCGGUCCUGGGAAAUAUGACGAUGAAUGGAUAGAUCACACGAUCAAGAUUUUACGAGAAGCAAAGAAACAUGGGUUUUACGUUUUCAUGGAUCCCCAUCAGGAUGUUUGGUCCAGAUUAUCAGGCGGGUCUGGUGCUCCCAUGUGGACGUUAUAUGCAGCGGGUCUUAACCCCAGGACCUUUAACAAGACGCAAGCUGCUCUUGUACAGAAUACCUAUCCCGACCCCACAAAGUUCCCGAAGAUGAUAUGGAGUACGAACUACUCCCGACUUGCUUGUCAGACCAUGUUUACUUUAUUCUGGGGUGGACGAGAUUUUGCGCCCAAGGCGAUCAUCGACGGGCAGAACAUCCAGGACUACCUUCAGAGUCAUUUUAUUGCGGCUUGUAAAUACCUCGCCCAGAAGAUUCACGAAGCCGGCGAUCUCGAAAACGAAGUUGUCAUCGGCUGGGAGAGUAUCAAUGAACCCCACCGUGGAUUGAUUGGCAUCCAGGAUAUAUCUGUUAUUCCCCCCGAACAACAGCUCCAACUAGGAACAUCGCCAACAGCUUUUCAAGCGAUGCUGACAGGCUCCGGGCGGGCUUGCGAAGAGACCACGUGGGAGUUUGGCGGCUUUGGUCCACAUCAAACUGGUAGAGAACUCGUCGAUCCAGAGGGAGAGUCUGCUUGGUUACCUGCCGAUUAUGAUGACACCACCUAUGGCUGGAAGAGAGAUCCUGGCUGGAAACUAGGCGAGUGCCUUUGGGCCCAGCAUGGUGUCUGGGAUCCUUCCACAGACGAGCUCUUACGGAAGGAUUAUUUUGCGAAGAAUCCCAGAACCGGAGAGCCUUUGAACUACGAUAAGUUCACCAAUACCUACUUUUUAGAUCACUACAGGGCCUACAGGGAUGCCAUCAGAAGUGUACACUCUGAUGCCAUCCUGUUCUGCCAGCCUCCUGUGAUGGAGGUGCCGCCAGUUUUGAAAGGGACAGAGGAUGACGAUCCCAACAUGGUGCACGCGGUCCACUUCUACGAUGGCUUGACUCUUCUUACGAAGCACUGGAACCGGAUUUAUAAUGUCGACGUGAUUGGCGUUCUUCGUGGGAAGUAUCUCACGCCUGCAUUCGCCAUCAAGAUUGGAGAGACCGCUAUCAGGAACUGUCUUCGCGACCAGCUCAAGUUCCUUCGAGAGGAAAGCUUCAAAUGUAUGGGCGACCAUCCACUCAUUUUCACCGAAAUUGGGAUACCAUAUGACAUGGACAAUAAAUACGCAUACAAGACUGGCGAUUACAGUAGUCAGACCAGCGCCAUGGAUGCGAAUCACUUUGCGUUGGAAGGUAGUAACUCCAACGGUUUUACAUUGUGGUUGUACAUGACUCAGAACGACCACGAAUGGGGGGACCAAUGGAAUGGUGAAGAUCUCUCUAUUUUCUCUAAGGACGACCUGGAGCUUCCAAAUGCCAGCGUUCUCGGUCAGCGAAACGGCUCUAGGACAUCGCUUGACCGAAAUUCACCUUCAUUCUCACAAAGUCAGAGUACGACGGACUACGGAAAAGUAGAACCAAACAACAUCAAAACCGCUGUCGAAUCGCCUCACAUGUCUUCCGGAUCGUCAAAAUCCUCGCCAGAGCUGGUAUCUAAGCCCGGUUUUCGGGCAGCCGAAGCGUACAUCCGCCCCAGCCCGAUCUACACGAAUGGGGAUCUCUUAGGAUACGGGUUUGACCUACGCAACUGUACCUUCACCCUGUCGUUAAGUGCCAACGGCCCAACAGCGGAGCACGCCCCUACAGAAAUAUUCUUACCCGAAUUUCAUUUCCCCAGUUCACAGACUGUUGUUACCGUCAGCGGGGGGAAAUGGACUAUCGAGUCAGAUGAAGAGGCAUCUAGCACCGUUCAGCGUCUCAGAUGGUGGCAUGGCGAGGGAGAGCAAGAGAUCAAGAUUCGGGGCGUUAAACGGAAGGCCGGCGAGAUCCUCAACAGCGACGAGGACGAGACGUAUCUGGAACAAUGCCAGAAAAACACAUGCAAUGUGAUGUGA